GGGAACCCAAGGAUUCACUCCGCUCCUGCUCCCCUCGUUGCUGGAUGUCACGCAUCGGCGAUGGCAUGUAUAGAUGUCGUCACAGAGGACACGCCCCCUGCCUCUCCGACGCCCUUCUCGCGCGAACGUCACACUGAACUCCCCCGCCACGCUGUGGCAUGAGGUGGUUCGUGUUGUAAGAGCGUAGCUGCGUCAUUGUGGAAGAUGGUCGAACUGGGUUGUUGUCAGUGUGGAUGGAGGACGGUCCUUUGAAACCGAGGAGCCGCUCCUGUCCGACAGCUAUGGCAUUACUCCCGUCGCGAUGCCUGGCCUGCUUCUUGACUCUCCUUCUGUUGGAGUGUGGUCGGGCUGGUGCUGCUGGUCCAACUUACGUUUCUGAAUAUUACUCUCAAACUCCUCAAAAACUUUCCUUGUACAGCUGGUAUGGAAAUGUACGUCUCUUUGUCUUCCGAGUUCCAGAAAAUACACUGUUGAUGAAAUGGAUUUUACAAGCCUCAAAAGGAAAGGGGCUGAAGUGCCAAAAUACUAAUAUUACUGUCCAUUUUCGGGCAGGUGCCCCACCAGUAAUCGAUCCGUUACAAACCAAGUUUGGAAUAGACACAGUUGUUCCUCCUUCAUUCAACCUCACUAUUCCAUUGACGUCUGCAGUGCAGAGUAGUACGACUCUGAAUAUUUCUAAUCCUGUUUCGGGCGAUUGGUUUGUAGCUGCACACCUACCGAACGAUGAUGGUAAAAUUGAAGUAAAGGGCUUCUCAACUAAGUGUUCCUACAUGUUUCAACCUCAGAUGCUUGUUCAACGAUUGAUUAACGUGCCUGUUCUUGAACCAAACACUUCACUUACACUGAUUCUUUCUUCCGUCAAUCAGGUUUCACACUUGAAAAUUUUUAUCCCCGAACAUACUAUGGAACUGACCAUUCAUCUUAAAAACUGUGCUAUCAACACCCGACCAGUGGAGUCUUGUCCUGUCUUCCUGUUAAUAGGAUCAAAUGCAUUACCUAACUCCCACUUGAAGAUUGUAAAUUGCAGCGAAAGUAUAGUAUGUAGAGAAACACUGGAUUCUCCACCAUGGAUGAAAUGGUUGCAACUCACUGUUAAAAGUAGCAACCCUAACUGGAUCGUCACCUUUGAGAUUGAAGCUUAUUUAACAGUAUGCGAACCUGUUGAUGCUGGAUCCCUUCUUACACUGUUUAAUAACUUCACUCUAUCAAGCAAUGGUACAGUAAUCAGAAAUCUAGAUAUGUUGGGAGUAUACGUAAAACCAAAUAAAACUGAGCCAAGUGGCAAUAGCAUAUCAUGUUUUCGUAAUCAACCCGUUCUUCGAGAAGAUGUGGAUGUUAUCUCUGUAAGAUUUUUUGUUUUGAAUGGACCAGAAACACUAGUCACCUCUGAAUAUCCAAUAAUUCUUCUGCUGAAGUUGAAUACAGGAAGAGACAAUGGUGGGACCAUCAUGUUGAAUUUGCAGUUAAAUAAGACUUCAUUAUCCAAUGAAAAUGCAACCGUGUUUGCCUGUUUAAGUGCUGGGUCUCCUGUGAUGUCCCUAGAUGUCAAUUCCCUAAGCUGCGGAGAAGCUUUAUCUUGGGGAUACUUGCUUAAGAUGAAUUCUUCAACAUUAUCAAGAUCCCUUCAUGUUCCUUACCCAGAAACUAAUCGUUGGUAUCUAACUUUGCAAAUCCUGUGCGAAAGUAGCAAUCAGACGUGUGGCAAGAUUUCUGCUCUGGUAACUGUAUCAGCUAUUUUGAAUCCCUGUGUUGGGGAUUGUGGUGUAUAUGGAGAGUGCCGACUACUUCAGACUCAUGGAUAUCUUUAUGCUGCAUGUGUUUGUAAAGCUGGCUGGAAUGGAUGGAGCUGUACAGAUGAUACCAAUGCCCAGUCAUACAGACAGCAGUUGCUGGCAACACUCUUGUUAACUUUGAGUAAUCUCAUGUUCAUCCCCCCAAUUGUGAUUGCUGUGCAUCGCUGUUAUUUUGUUGAAGCUUCCGUGUAUUUCUUCACCAUGUUUUUCUCAACGUUUUAUCAUGCAUGUGAUCAACCUGGAAUUGCUGUCAUGUGCAUUAUGGAAUAUGACACCCUGCAGUACUGUGAUUUCCUUGGUUCAGUUGUAUCUGUGUGGGUUACAAUUCUGUGUAUGGCGAGGUUAAAAUCCCUCCUUAAAUAUGUACUUUUUAUUAUUGGUUCCUUAUUGAUUGCCAUGUCAAUGCAACUAGACCGCCGUGGUCUUUGGAACUUGUUGGGCCCCUGUCUUGUUGCCCUGUGCAUCAUGGUAUCUGCAUGGGUGUUUCGUGGCGUGAAGCGACGCCAUUGCUAUCCUCCAACAUGGAAACGUUGGGUCUUUUUCUUGUUACCAGGAAUAGGUGCAGCAUUAAUUGCUAUUGCAGUGUAUGGAUUUCUGGAAACAAAAGACAACUAUUACUAUACACAUAGCAUAUGGCAUAUUCUUGUAGCUGGAAGUGUGGUAUUUUUGUUGCCACCAGGUAAAAAACACACAAGCCUCUGGAUUUGGAAGCAGAAAUUUACAUGUGGAUACCAGCUUUGCUCUGAUGUAAAAGAAGACUUAUAUGUUGUUUGUUGAAUUAAUUAAGAUGGUUUAGAUAGAUUAACUUAAUCUGAGUAAACAGAUUAUUUUUAUAUAAAAUAUUUAUCAUGGGGGAGUGUCAUCUUGAGUUUCUGCUAUUGCACUUCGAAAUCAUUUGAUUUUUGAAAAAUACUGCUGAACACUUUUUAACAUCUACAAAUUUAAGUGACAUUUACUUGACUUAUUGAUUAAGACUUUGUCUUGAGAGAUGCUAUAAAAAAUUUUAUAACUAAACAAAAGGACGUUAGACAUUUUCUAAACAAAAUUGAUGCACUUAUUUUAUCUGUAGUUAGUUCUAACAAUACAAGCUGUACAACUUGAUUUUAAUUUUAGUUUCUGUUGCUCUGAUUACAGUAAUUUAGUUGCAGAUUGUUUACAGCACUGAAGGGAGACCAUUCACCCAAACUUGGUGGCAAUCCAAAGCUUAUUUUUGUUUGACCAGAAUAGCUCUGUGCAAGAAAUUUAUGAUAAUGAUAAUUUAAAGGACAACUGCAUUCAAGUUAUGACCAGUCAUUUAUUGUCCUAAUUAAUGUGCCAGCUAUUUGUGCAUGAUUUUUGGUACACUGCUCAGCUUUUCUUUUUAAAAUGGAGUGUUGUUCCUUGAAUUAGUUGAUCAAUAUAGGAGCGAAAUGUCCUGAUAGUUGAAAUAUAUUUGCAUGGGUUUAUUUGCUAAUGACUCCCUGACUAAACUUUGUCCAGUAAGGCAUGGUUACAAAGAGGCCAAGAAUAUCCCAAGUUAGAUUGCUGAUAUGUACUAAGUAAGCUGAGCUGACAAUAGGCUAAUACAAUUGACUUCCAUAUUCCUGACAAGGAUUGUUUGAGCUAGGCUUAAGUGCCUCUGACCGUUUAUGUUUUAGUUUGUAAAUGUAAUUCCAGAACUACUCAGGUUAGGCAGCAUUUAGGAGAGAAAUGACAUCUCAGUUGAUGUCCUUUUACUUCAAAAGUUUUAAAUUCACAGUUCUCCUUUUGCAUGUAGUCAUUUUAUGGCAUUAUUAGGGAACUAAAAAUGUCCAUGGAACUAAGUUCUUUGUAGUACACAAUGGUAGAAAAUUGGAGGCUAUGAAUGGAGAUGAGCAAGUUCCAUUGCAGUCACUAAAUUUUGUUUUUAUAUUUGAUUGAAACAGCUAGAAAAUCUCAUUAAAACUAAGAAUAUCAUUUUUGAAAAAAAGAAUUGGACUUCCUUGAAUACGACUGCAAAUGUGAGAGAUUUUCAGCAGAUACUUUAGUUUUUGACAAAAGAUAUCCAUCUCGAUAAAGACCUCCUUACAGCUGAUUUGUGUUUAUUCAAAUUCUAAUUAAGGAGCCACCAUCGUAUUGUCACUUCUUCAUCAAUGUUGGUGUUCAGCUGAAAUAUUAUUCGCAACUGAGUAUUGAGGGCAAACAAGAUUGGUUAACAGGCAAUUAGAUAAUUUGGAGAAAUUCAGUCAUGUUGUCUGACUAUUUAAAUGUACACAUUUACAUUUAAUGUCAUACAGUAACACUGACCAAAGGUUUGUCAUCAAAAUAUGCAAAUAACUUAAUGAUAUUUAACUCUUGGAAAAUGGGCUUGAAGGGCUAGAAUCCAAGAUUAUUGCCAAAAAUCUUUAUUUUCUUAAGUGUUUUCAGACGAUUUUGUGUGUUAGGAUUCUCUUUCUUUUAGCCUCUGGUCUUGAUCUAUUUUCUGGAGUAUAAAAUAUGUUAUUGACUCUGUAAAAGAUUGUUUUACUCUGCACCAUUCUCUUGUGUAAACUGUUGAAUAUAUGCACCAGUUUGUCUAGGAAAAGGUGCUAAGGCCUUAUACUAUCUAGUUUAUUUCUAAUGGCUCAUUUUGUAAAAACCAGAAACAUUGUGGGGUAAAACUGGGCCUUGUAGAUAAAAACACACAUUUGAGUUGAAGGAAAGAUCAUUGAGGUUUGAAAAGUUUGAAAUACUUUUGUGUUAAAAUUAAAUGUAGAAAUUCUCAGGAAGAUAAAAGUGCCCCAGUUCUUCAAAAAAAAACAUCAUGUUUGUUCUACAGUUACUGAAAUGAUACUGAUAUGCAUUGUCAAAGGAUAUGUAUAUUACAGUUGUUGGUUUUGUCUUAUACUCGGUGGUCAAAAGUUAAAACUCUUUCUUUGGUUCCAUUUUCCUAUUAUAAAUGGAAACUGCCUUGAAUUCCAAAAAGCAAGCAACAUUUUUUAAAAAAUGCAGUAUUUCUGCAGUAAUUGUCUCCAUACGAGCAUUGCAGUUUUAUUGGAAACAUUCCUCAUUCCUAACUCCUUUGUCUUCAUCUAAAAACUUUUUCUGUUUUAUUGGUGAGUAACAAUAUAAUACGCUAAAGUAAUUGAUUUCCUUAAAAAUCUUUAUCAAUAAUUUUCAAGCCUAAAUUAAUUCCAUUGCUGCAGACAGAAUCUUCUUCACCAGCAUCUAUACUGUAUAACAUAGUUCACGAUUUCAUGUUAGGUCACCUUUGUUUCCCGAGCCACAUCUUAUCAUGUUUUUUAACCAACUUCAGAAUAACACGGUGCUUCAGAUUGCAUAAUUGUCUCUCAACUUCACAAAAUGGAUUUAGGAAAUUAAAGAUACCUGAAAUAUUGAAUUUUACUGUGGUUUUGAUGUUAGUUUAAUUAUUAUGGUAAUCGUAAUAGUUGAUCUAGUUCUAGAAUUGACUGGUAUGUUGUAAUAACUAUGAACUAGAAUAUACAAUUAGAGUUGCAGAAGUUGCUAAUUUCUAUACAGCACAGGGAAAACAAUACAGCUUUAAAAAAAGUUGUAAAGAAACAAUGGAGAUCAUGUCUUUAAUGUGUUAUAAUAUAUUGUAUGUAUAUUGUAAAGAUUGUGUGUAUUAUAAAUUGUGGGUGGAAAAGGUUUCUUAUUAAGCUGUCUUAAUUUAUUCUGGUAUACAACACAUUUUGUUACAUAAAAAUAAAUAAUGUCUAUUAUGCUGUACAUAAUUAGGUUGCUUUUAAUGGGAAUAUAUAUUUUGGAAUAAUUUAUUUCAGUUUAAAAUUGUGCAAGGAUAUGAUUUAACGGUGGAAGCUUUGUAUCGUGUAAUUUAUAAAAUGAAAUGCCAGCUUGUAAUAAAUCUUAUUUUGAAAUUGUAA